AUGCCACCUGCCCUUACCAAAGACAGUAUCACUAUAUCGACACCAGACUCUUCAAUGCGGCGGCAAGGCCCACAGAGCGAGAACACAACGCGUCGAAGCCAACCAACCAUCCGUCCGUCGGCGACUAGCGAUUUCGCACGAUCGCAUGUAGCCAAUUGGUCACCACCAGUACCUGUAACGCCUGAGUCGGAGGCUCUACGAGAAUUUAAGACUGAGUGGAAGCGACACUCUUCCGGGCACCCUUUCGGCGAUGGGAACGAAUCUGGCAAGAAGCUUCUGAUUGUGGAUCUACAAGAUUUCGAAAUUUACCGAACACCGGACAGUGAGAAGAGGGCAUAUGAAUUGAUUAGCCUCCACUAUCUCGAAAUUCCUAUCACCAAGAAACUAUGUUUUGACGGCUUUAUAUGCUUAGGCGCGACUAAGCACUUUGUGCACGCUGUACCUAUUCAAGAUAGUUCUAUUGAGGGAUACGGGGACUUAGAGAAUGCUGGUAUCACGACUUACAUACAAUCGACUCUCGCUGCCGAAGAUACUGUGUAUGACGUCUGGUACAGACUUAACAAAGCCGCUCUAGGUUACAGGAGAUUCCAGAAAUCAUUCGUUUGGGUUGCGCAACUAGGAAAGCAUGUGAUCGACUACCUGGAAUCGGCGGGCAGUGUGGGACUCUACGAGUUUCGCGAAGGUUUUCAUGCUUGGAUGAUGACGCAACGAUUCGCACAAUGCUCAGACUUCGGACGAUGGCACGGUGCCUUCAGACACCAGACUGACUUUCGCGUUGGCGUCAACGCGUAUAUCGAAUAUUUCUACAAUCAGGCUUUCAACCUCCCAAACUCGAAACAGCUGCUAGCGCAUCCGCUAUGGAGCGAAUGCAUGGCCAAAGAUCUGACAGCUAUCGAACUCCAAGAGAGGGUUAUUGAGCAAACUAUCGCUACGCCUGAGGUAUUUAGUUGCUUUAAAGACAUGUAUUUCGGUGGACAACUACGCAAGCAACGUCCGGUAGAGACUAUUGCUAUCGAACAGGAGCGUAGGAAGCGCAAACUGGGUUUCGCCAAACGUAGGUCAGCACGACAGACAACUACAACACGACCAAACGUCUGUAUACCUUACGGAAACUCACCAGUAAGGGUAGGCGACAUAGUUGCACUAACGCCGAACGAAACAGAUUGCAGAGUUUGGCGUAAUACGAACUGGGACUGGCUUGCCUACGUUCAGGCUACGGAGCUUCUGAAGAACGGAGUUCAGAAGUUGUUCGUGCUAUGGAUCUAUCGCCAUCAUGAGACCAACAUCUCUACAGCGAGGUAUCCUUAUGACAACGAGGUCUUUCUAUCCGACAACUGCAAUUGUACCGAGGGGGAGCUAUUGUCUACUGACAUCAACGGAAGGUACGAUAUAGAUUGGUCGCCAAGUAAGAUCGAUGCCAACCACUUCUUCAUCCGUCAGACCUACGUUACUCAGGAUAGCGCUUUCGUAACCGUCCAACCCUCACAUAAGACUUGCAUAUGCCUAAGACCCAAAAGCUCGCCAGAGGAGACUUAUCACCGCGGCGACACAGUAUACAUGGCAAGAGCAUUGCACGGAUAUCAAAUCCUGGAUCCAGUCGUCAUUCAGGGUAUCGAUCACGCUAAUCAAACGACCACGAUACGCAAACUACUAAGACUAAAGCGUGACUGCGAGGAGCUGGCAAAGGAGGCUGGUCGAGUCGAUCUCGCCCCAAAUGAGCUUGUGCUUACUGACGAAUAUGAGGUGGUGGUCUUAUCUCGUAUCCAGAGGCGCUGCCACAUCAAGUUUGUUUCCAAGUCAGACAUUGUGAAUGACUGCAUACCAUUCACAUACAAUCGUGGUGGUGCAGGCGAUCUUUGGUUUCUAGCUAUGGGAACGAUCACUAAGGCACAGGAGAAGAGCCUCGUCUUCCUGCGCAGUCUUCCAAACAGUUUCAACGAAGUUCCCGAUAUGACUUCAUCUCAACAAACCUUGCGAGGCAUGAGCCUAUUUAGUGGCGGAGGUUCUCUCGAUCGAGGCCUUGAAGAAGGCGGUGCAGUCGUCUUCAACUCUGCUGUCGACUUCAGUCCACAUGCUAUCCAUACUCAACGAGCGAAUGCGAAGAACCCAAAGGCAAUGUCUCUCUUUUGUGGUUCUGUCGACGACCACUUGAAUGCAGCUUUGAAGGGUAGCAGACCGAAGCUCAUUCCUCGAGUUGGAGAUGUUGAUUUCAUCGCUGCUGGAUCUCCGUGUCCUGGGUUCUCACUUCUUCAGCGGAAUCCUUUCAGUGAGCCGUCGUUGCGUAACGCAUCACACAUUAGUACAUUCUGUUCUUAUGUCGAUCUGUAUCGGCCCCUAUACGGUAUUCUCGAGAACGUGGUCAAUAUGGCAUCAACGCGUGUUGGGUACGAAAAUCAAAAUGUGUUAUCGCAGGUAGUUGCUUGCCUCGUUUCAAUGGGCUACCAGUGCAACCAAUACAUUAUGGAUGCAUGGAGCUAUAGUAGUGCGCAACAACGCUCACGGUUGAUCCUUACUAUAGCAGCACCAGGCCUCGAACUGAUAGCGCAGCCGUGGCACACUCAUGCUCGACCAUUGGAGGAAAUCGCUGGGAAAAGCCUUGGUCGUCUACCCAACGGGAAGCGAUUUGGUGAACGAGAGUACUACCCUACACCCUUUGCAUAUGUACCUGCAUCGACUGUGAGUGAUGAGUUGCCUGAUAUUGGAACCGGCAUCGUUCAGACCUGCAUUCCGUUUCCAGAUCAUAGAGUGCCGGGACUAUCCACACGCAAACAACGGGCAAUUGUUAAAUGCAUUCCGACACAACCACCGGGCUGUGGUUACAGAGAAGCCGAUCAACGCGGCCUCAUUCCGACGCUCUUAAGAGAUCCAAGGGCCGAGGCUGGAAAGGCCUACAAGAGGAUUAAAGCCAAGGGUUUGAUACCAUGUAUCACGACGGGUCUUGCUGUCUAUAAUUCUCGCGCCGGCGCACUAUUACAUUGGGACCAACAUCGAUCAAUUAGUGUAUUAGAGGCUCGUCGUACGCAAGGUUAUAUGGAUCAAGAGCCGAUCAUCGGCAAUCUUAACGAGCAAUAUAGGAUCGUUGGAAAUGGGGUGGAUCGAAAAGUUGCUUUUGCAAUAGGGCUAGCUUUACUUCGAGCUGUUCAGAAGAACGAUUUAGGAUUCACAGCGAAUGGGACGACACAAAACUCUGCGGAGACGAUCGGUUUUCCCAGCGAUAUCGCGGUCCAGUCAGAUCAAGGUAUCAGCUUCAAGGUCGACUCCAAAUCUAUCGUGCCCGAAGUAUCAUCACUCCAGAAGGAACAAAGUAACAAGAGUGCUGGACAGGCGGUGAUGAUGUCCAGGAAAUCACGAACCGUCGAUAACAUGCAUGAUGACACCAGUAGUUCGAUUCUAUCCAAAAAAGAUGCAAAACCAUCAGAUGGGCCCGCACACGAGCUUAUACGGGCACCUACGCUCUCACAGUCUAGUAGCUGCGAUCAACCAAACCCGGGUUUUUUCUCCCGCUUUUCCAAAAGCCUCACCUCUAGCAUCGGCAGACUAUCGUUGUCAAGUAUGGCAUCUUCCGGACCAGCUAUGGUACCAACGCCCAUGAAACGCAAUCGGGAAGAUGACAUAAAAGACAGCACUACGGAAAGCGAGAGCCAUCUCUCCGAGGAGCGACCCCGGAAACAGCCACGUGUUAGAGAAAUGCCAUCGGUGGACAAUUCCACUACUAGUGAAGCAGAGAAUAGUAGUAGAAAUUCUGUAUUCUCACAUCGGCGUAGCAGAGGAAGUUCGACUAGCUCAUCAAAAACUCGUCAAACUCGUCAUUCAGGAUUGUCCGUGGAAUUCGUCCCAAUGAAAUGGAACAAGAAACCAGAGUCAGAGACGCGUGAGAGCGUGGAUGGAAGAGUCUGA